AUGGCUACGCAAUCGCGUGAAUCCGAGCUGAAGCAGCAAGGCUUGCUCGACGCUGCAAAGGACCCCAAUUCCUCGAUUACGGCGCACCAAGCAGAGAAUGCCCUGGUCGAUCAGGCGCAAGCGGGCGGCAGCGCGGCCUUCCAGUUCGACCCCGAUGCGAGCCCCGAGCAGAAGCGGGCACAGGCAAGAGCGCGUGUCCCCGCAAACUUCCACCACGAGCGUAACAAGAAUGCGACGGCACUCGUGUCAGACGCCGACAACGACAAAAGCCCUCCAGAGUACGACCUCCCUACGCCCACAAAAGAUGGCGCCGUAGAAACCCCAGAGCAGGCCAAGGCAAACGGCCACGCGCCCCAACACCUCGACGACGAUGCGCGUUGGGAUCGCGUUGGGUGGGCGCCGCGAUUCGGAAUGCCAGGCUCGGAGAACAAGGACGAGGAAGAGGCGUCCCUGGCCGACCACCAGACAUGGCUGGAAGGCCGGAUAGAGGACAAGUUCUUUGGCGACUGGUACCACAACACAGGCAUCAUCAUCUUUGCGUGUCUGAGCUCGUGGGUCGUCGGUGUGCUAGGCGGCGGACUGGGCUGGAUCAUGAUCUUCAUGGCCAUUUGCGGCACCUACUACCGAACUUCGAUCCGUCGCGUGCGCCGCAAUGCGCGAGACGACCUCAACCGCGAGAUGGCCAAGAACAAGCUCGAGACGGACACUGAGAGUCUCGAGUGGAUCAACAGCUUCCUUGUCAAGUUCUGGCCUAUCUACGCGCCUGUCCUCUGUGACACCAUUGUGGGUACUGUAGACCAAGUGCUCUCGACGUCGACACCAGCCUUUCUCGACAGCCUGAAGAUGAAGACGUUCGUUCUCGGAACAAAGCCUCCGCGCUUGGAGCACGUCAAGACGUACCCCAAGACACAGGAUGACAUUGUUCUCAUGGACUGGAAGUUCAGCUUCACGCCCAACGACACAGCCGAUCUUACCGCGAGACAGAUCAAGAACAAGAUCAACCCAAAGAUCGUCCUGGAAAUCCGCAUUGGAAAGGGUCUUGUUAGCAAGGGUCUCGAUGUUAUCGUAGAAGACAUGGCCUUUUCCGGUCUGAUGCGCUUGAAGUUCAAGCUACAACUGCCUUUCCCCCACAUUGAGAAGGUCGAAAUGUCCUUCUUGGAGCGCCCAACCAUCGACUACGUUUGCAAGCCUUUGGGUGGAGAGACGUUCGGUUUCGACAUCAACUUCAUUCCUGGUCUGGAGACUUUUAUCAUGGAGCAGAUCCAUGCCAAUUUGGGCCCAAUGAUGUAUGAUCCCAAUGUGUUCCCUAUCGAGAUCGCCAAGAUGCUUGCAGGUAACCCUGUCGAUCAAGCGAUCGGAGUUCUACAAGUCCACUUCCACGGUGCACAAGGUCUCAAGAACCCUGACAAGUUCUCCGGCACCCCUGAUCCAUAUGCCACAGUUUCUAUCAACAACCGUAAUGUGCUCGCACGCACCAAGACGGUACACGAAAACGCCAGCCCUCGUUGGAAUGAGACUGUCAACAUCAUUGUAACUUCGUUGAAAGAUUCGCUUACUAUCAACCUCUUUGACUACAACGACAUCCGCAAGGACAAGGAGCUUGGUACCGCUACAUUUGCCCUUGAGCAGCUAGAGGAAAUUCCCGACCAUGAGAACUUGCAGCUCGAGGUCAUGUCAGGCGGUCGCGCUCGUGGUAUGGUAACAGCAGACGUGCGCUUCUUCCCGGUGCUGGAAGGCACCACACUCGAAGACGGUACCAAGGAGCCUCCACCAGAGUCACGUACGGGUAUUUGCAAGUUCACUGUUGAGCAGGCCAAGGACAUGGACGGCAGCAAGAGCAUGAUUGGGCAGCUCAGCCCAUACGCCAUUCUGUUGCUCAACGGCCACGAGAUUCACAAAUCGCGGGUCAUGAAGAGGACGAAUCAGCCCAUCUGGCCAGAUGCGACCAAAGAAAUGCUCAUCACCGAUCGUAAGAAGGCCAAGCUCGGUCUUGUCAUCAAGGACGACCGCGAUCUCGCAGCUGACCCAAUCCUUGGUACCUACCAGAUCACUUUGGACGACAUGCUGGAACUUAUGGCCAAGGGUCACGAGUGGUAUAACCUCGCAGGUACAUCGAGUGGUCGCGUCAAGAUGAAGCUUGACUGGAAGCCAGUUGCGUUGAAGGGCGCAGUGUCUUCCAGUGGUUACCUUACUCCAAUCGGUGUGAUGAGGUUGCACUUCCAGAGCGCGCGUGGGCUCCGUAACCUUGAAGCACUAGGCAAGUCGGAUCCCUACGUACGCGUUCUACUCUCUGGUAUCGAGAAGGGCCGAACUGUUGUGUUCAAGAAUAACCUUGACCCUGAUUGGGAUGAGGUCAUUUAUGUGCCUGUCCAUACUGUCCGCGAGAAGCUUACGCUAGAGGUCAUGGACGAUGAGAAUCUCGGCAAGGAUCGUCCACUCGGACACAUCGAGCUCUUGGCUGGUGACUACAUCCAGCAGGAUGAGAACGGCGAGUACCUUGUUCAAGAACAGAAGCAACCCACAGCGGGACCUCUCCGAUUGGCUGGACACGCUCAGCCUCAUGGCAUACUGAACUACACCUGCUCCUUCUACCCAACAUAUCCCACCUGGGACCCUGAAGAGGAUGAGGAAGAAGAAGCCGAGGAGGUUACAGAAAACGGCAACGGCACCACCCGACCCAUCUCUGUUGGAUCCAAGCUCAGCCAUCAACGUGUUGUAUCCGGUUCUUCUACUUUGAGCAGGUCGGAGACUGCCGGUACCAUCUCAUCGCUCAAAUCUACUGAGAAGGACAUGGCCAAGGAGCUAGCGAAGAACGAGCUACAACAAGAAGAGUCGAUCCCAGAGAAGCCAAAAAUCGAGAAAUUGAGGCUUACUGCGGACGACUUGCAGCAGUACGAGUCCGGUCUGCUUGUCUUCAAGCUUAUCGAUGGCGAAUUCGCAAGAACAGGUGGUCAUGUCGAUGUCAUUAUGGAUGACAUGGCCUACGCCAGCUAUUCCAGCGCAAAGAUCCGGAGCAACAAGAUGACAUUCAACGAUGUUGGUGACACAAUGAUCCGUGAGCUCGAUUUCUCCAAGAUCACCCUCCGAAUCAUCGAACACGUCGACAAUGAUGGCGAGGACCAUGAAGACCAUGUCAUUGCUAAGCUGACAGGAAACACUGUCGAUACGCUGCGGAGAUCUCUGAACACACCCACCCAGUUCACACUCAAGGACAAAAACGGACGUGAUAACAAGAUCACCGUCAUGCUCAAGUACAUUCCCGUAAAGAUGCGUCUUGAUCCCAGCGAAUCAUUCAACAACCAAGGUACAUUGCGAGUAGAUGUGCUUGAUGCGGCAGAUCUUCCAGCUGCGGACCGUAACGGCUUCUCGGAUCCUUACUGCAAGUUCAUGCUCAACGAUAAGGAGGUGUACAAGACCAAGACACAAAAGAAGACUCUCCACCCAGCAUGGAACGAGUACUUUGAGGUACCUGUACGAAGUCGAACAGCGGCUGACUUUGUCGUCAAUGUCUACGAUUGGGACUUUGGCGACAAGGCAGACUUCCUUGGCAAGUCAUCCAUCAACUUGGAGAUUCUGGAGCCUUUCCAGCAGCAAGAGGUCACGCUUGCUCUUGAUGGCAAGUCAGGCGCCAUCCGACUUCGAAUGUUGUUCAAGCCAGAUUACGUCGUACGAUCCCGUCAGGGCUCGAGUACAUUCUCUGGCACCUUUGCUGUUCCAGGCAAGGUCAUCGGUGCGCCCGUCAAGGGCGUUGGUAAGGGCGCUGCAUUUGUUGGUGGUAACGUGGUCCGCGCAGGCACUUUCCUUGGCCGUGGUUUCAAGCGUAGAAAGUCGCGCGGCGAAGCCCCUGAAGAGGAGCUUGAACGACCAAGCACUGCAGAACGACCCUCAGCAGAUACGCCCAUGAUCUCUGUCGAAGGCGAGCCGAACACACCUACUAAGGAUAGUGCGAACCACAACAGACACCGCAGCUGGGGCGCUCAGAGUUUCCACAGCCGGUUUGGCGAUGGCGGCUCUGGAGGUGCCGAGCAAGGCACAGCCAACAUCACCGUUCUCAGCGCUGAUGGCUUCCCUGCUAACACCAACCUACGUGUACACAUCCAGCUCGGCAAGAAGGAAAUUCACAAGACCGAUCACAUUAAGGCACCCCAAGGUUCUGUAUCCUUUGAUCCCAGCGAAGAGAGCUUCAAAGCGUCUUGUACCGCCGAUGCCUUCUUCAGGCUCGUUGUCAAAGACCAUAGCAGGUUCGGUGGCGACAAAGAACUCGGUGAAGCUCAAUUUACCAUCUCAGACCAGGGUGGUGGUGCCGAGCAGAACAUUGGUGUAGGCAAAGGCAUGGUAUCUAUACGCAGCAGCUUCCAGCCUAGUGAUGCAGGGAGCCAGCAGGGUAGUAUCAGUCCACGGCCGAAGACGUCGGAGAGAAGGGGAUUGCUAAGGAGGGAUCGAAGUACUACGCCAAAUCCCCCUGCUUAG